AUGUACCGACAAACGACGGAGGCGAAGAGUGUGCAGGAGGCGAGAGAGGCGUACAAAGCCAUGACACCAGAAGUCCGCAACCUCUUCCCCCAAGUAGCUACCCUCAUGAAGUUGCUUCUCGUGUGUCCAGUAACCUCAAGCGAAUGCGAGCGUAGUUUUUCCGCUCUAAGGAGACUCAAGACGUGGCUGAGAAGCACCAUGACUCAGAAGAGGCUCAAUGCAGUAGCUGUCUGUAACAGCCACCACCUCCUGCUUGACAACAUAUCCCUACAGCGUCUUGUCAAGGAGUUUGCGGGCAGGAACGAAAAGAGGCGCAAGAUAUUUGGUUUCUAA